UCCUGGAGUGACCUUCUCGCUCCACGCUUCAGACACAUCACACCUUCCGUCAUGUCCUCUGGACAAGGUGCCGUCAAGGUCAUUGUUUUACUAGCGGUCAUCCUGCCUGUCCUUAGCGGGCCCUGGGCUGGCAGGACGAUCCAGACCCAGCAGGUAUGUCAGCACGCCAUCCUCCUCCUCAGCUGUCCGCCGGGGGAAACGUUAGACAUCAGCUUCGCCAACUACGGACACAUCGGGACUAAAAACUGUGGCUCUGCCAUGCCUCCUGGGGGCUGCCGCGCUCCGGACAGCUUAACCAUUGUCCAAGGCAUGUGUCAAGGCAAGCAACAAUGCUAUGUGCCCGUGUCAAGUGCCAUUUUCAAUGGAGACCCUUGUCCUCCUGUCGUAAAGUAUUUAGAAGUGAACUACGAGUGCCAAGGACCAGACCCAUGUGAGCCAAAUGAACACGACUCCAUCGACGACAUUUGGCGGAGCGCCGGCCACAACUCUACCGGCCGUGCAGAGGCAGAGCUUCUGGACGACCAGGGGCUGGCCGAGGGCUGGUAUCGGUUCGUCAGCGAGGCCGGAGGUGAAAUGCCCACCACCUGUGCCCCCGUGAACUCCUGCGGUACCAGGUUCCCUGUGUGGAUGGACGGUACCGUACCAACGGUCAACCAGACCCAGGAUGUUACAGGAUGUAUAAAUCAAGGAGGUUGCUGUGACAACACCGUCAACCUGAAGGUGAAAAACUGCAGCACGUUUCUGGUGUACAAACUUUCACCGCUGCCUGCCGCCGAUCCCAGCGCCUACUGUGCAGGAGAUCGGGUUCCAUGUCCAGCGGGUCAAGGAUCGCCGAACGGCGGCUUCUAUCCGGGCUGCACUGACAUGUUCCCGAAGCUUCGCGGCGCCCCCACGCUAGAUUACCACUUCAGUCAGACCGAGUCGUACUUUCUGUGCGACUUUGACGGUCCGACCUGGUCCAACAUCACGUGGGUUGUGGAAUGGCUUCUGGACGACACUGUCAUCCUGACGGAACAGAUGCCGGGAUGGGUGCAGACCGCCUAUCUGGACCAGGCUGAUAUCUUACUCAACACUGAGGUGAGCUGCCAGGUUCAUGGGCACUUUGACGGCUCCAACGUCACCACCGUGCCAGACAAGAGUGACCCGUUCUACGCUGGGAUCGUGGUCGGACCACAAGACCUGACGGUCCAUGAGGACGGGGGGCCGGCAAACUUCACAGUCCACUCAACUAUCGCCCUGAACUGUGACGUCAUGAUCGUCAAUAACAACGGAUACCUGGGCCGCCCUGAUGUACUGUUGGACCAGUGUAGCCUGUCGUUUGGCACAGGCAGCUGGGGCAUCGACAAUCCGCAGACGGUGACGGUAUGGGCCAUCCGGGACUUCCAGACGGACGGAGACCAGUACGUGCAGAUAGACGUCAUCCCGUCGGCUCAGGACUGUGACGUCACACCGAGUGGUAACACUCAGGAUGUCCUGGUGACCACUAUCGACCAAGACUCAAGCCAAGCCCACGCUUCGGGUGACCCACACUACACCACCUUUGACCGCAGGAGGUACGACUGGUAUGGAGUUGGAGACUUUGUUCUGCACAGAAGUAAAGGCCGUCCAUUUGAGGUCCAUUCCCGAGUGUGGCGCUGCUGGGCCGUCUCCUGUAACUGUGGCGUUGCCGUGAGGGAGGGAGAUGACGUCAUCACGAUAGACAUGUGUGACGGUUCCUUCGGUCACACAGCUCCGGCGGUCCGGCUGAAGAGUCAGAAGGAGCCUGCCAAAGGGAUGCGCGUCACCCGCAGUAGGAGUGGCAGAAAUUUCAAGGUUUCCCUUUCCUCGGGUGCAGAAGUGCGGACUGAUAUACAUUCCUGGGGGGUGGAUCUCCACAUGAAGGUACCCAGCGACGACUUCGGGAAAACGGAAGGCUUGUUCGGCACAUUCGACCACGACAGCAGCAACGACCUGAGGACCAGGAACGGAGUCAUCUCGAAUGAUCCCAACGCGUUCAGUUGGUCCUGGAGAAUCCCAGCCGGACAGAGCCUGUUCGACAGUCUCCCCGACCCUGCGGACACAGCAGGACAGGCGAUGACCAGUCGGUACGAUGGCUCUGUGCUCUGCGCAUGCACCACCAACGGCCCGAACUGCGGAGAUCCCAACACGGUACCGACUUUCCGGAACGACUUCGACAUCGACAUCACAGACACACUGGUGCAGAGGAGAGCCCGAGGGUACCUCCGGUCCGAUCCUAUCCGAGUCACAGACAAGUCCACCCCUGCUGCCCGUGCGCCGUUCCCAGUGGGUGCCAACGCGACCUGGCCCACUCCGAGUGGAAUCACACUGGAGAACGCCACAGUCAUGUGCAAGGAAGCCGCCAUGACAUCUCCUGCCUUCGCUGCAUGUGCAAUGCUGUCCAACGUGGACGUGUUCUCGGGAGUGGAAGACUGUGUUGAAGACAUCAAGCUGACGGAUAACUUGGCAUUUCUACAACAAGCCGCCAUGAUGAUGGAGGAACUGUGUCGGGAGGAAGCCCUGAAAAACGUCACGCUGUACGACCAGAAGGACGAGAACAGCACCGCCCUCCCCCCUGCGUUCGUGGGUUCCUCCCUGUGCCCGGGCAGGUGCAGUCUCAGGGGACAGUGUGUCAACGCGACGUGCCACUGCGAUACGGGCUACACCUCCUCCGACUGUUCGGUGGACAUGACGAAACCUCCCGCUCUGGUCGCCAUCAGACACGGACGCACGUGUGACGUUAGGUCUGGGGUUUGUGACGUCAUCGGUGCCGUCGGAGAUGGAUUCCUGGAUUCGCGAUCUCUCCGAUGCCAUGUGGAGAGAGGUUCGGUGAGUGUUCUAGACUAA